AUGUUGAAAAAAAAUAAUAAAAUGAGUUGUUUUUCUUGCAUGAGCCUUCGUCCUAAUAAUGUUCAAGAUUAUGAUGAAGACAUGGUCCCAAGAUCCAACAAUUCUGCAGUGCACGCGAGGGGGGAAUCUAAUGAUUCUGGAAGUGGAAAUGGAAGAAAGGAAAGUUCUUCGAAAGGCAAAAGAAGUGGGGAAAGUAACAAUCAGAACAACAAUGUUGCUCGCAGUUUCGCGUUCAAGGAACUAGCCAUGGCAACUCAGAAUUUUAGGGAAACUAAUCUUAUUGGCGAAGGCGGCUUUGGAAGCGUCUAUAAAGGCUGUAUAGAUUCAGGCCAGAUAGUCGCAAUCAAACAACUUAAUCUCGAAGGCCUUCAAGGGAACCAAGAAUUUGUUGUGGAGGUCCUGAUGUUGAGUUUAAUGCAUCAUAACAAUCUUGUCAACCUGAUUGGAUACUGCACUCAUGGAGAACAGAGGCUGUUGGUUUACGAGUUCAUGCCACUGGGCAGCCUGGAAAACCAUCUUUUCGAUUUAGAACCAGGAACGAUGCCACUGAGUUGGAAGACAAGGCUAAAGAUAGCCACAGGCGCAGCUCAUGGACUCGAGUAUCUACACAACGCAAAUCCACCCGUCAUUUACCGUGAUUUGAAAUCUUCAAAUAUAUUAUUGGAUAAUGAUUUCAAUCCAAAGCUGUCGGAUUUUGGACUCGCAAAACUGGGACCUGUAGGUGACAAUACUCAUGUUUCGACAAGAGUGAUGGGCACCUACGGAUAUUGUGCCCCCGAGUAUGCCAUGACUGGGAAGUUGACUCUGAAAUCUGAUAUCUAUAGCUUUGGUGUUGUUCUAUUGGAGCUAAUAACGGGACGAAAGGCUUAUGACACCUCUAAGAAACAAGGAGAACAGAACCUUGUUGUUUGGUCUAAUCCUUUCCUCAAGGACCGGAGGAAAUACAUUCAUUUGGUAGACCCGGUGUUGGAUGGUCAAUUCUCUUCUCGCUGUUUGCAUCAUGCGGUUGCUGUUACUGCAAUGUGUCUUCAAGAACAAGCCAAUUUUCGCCCCAGCAUUACUGAUAUUGCUACUGCGCUUGACUAUCUUCUCCUUCAAGCACAACACUCAGGUACACAUAGAGGUGGUUCACAAUCUAGCAAGCACAGUAUGCCUCCAUCAUCAGAUGAGUUUAAUGUCAGUUCAAGAAAUCGAAGCUACGAGAACAUGGCUGUUACAUUUUAA